UCAGAUAGAAACAUCUUAUCGCGAUAAUUUUACUUUAUAUAUCGGAAGAAUAUCGAGCCAUUUCAAGCAGAGAUUGAUCAAGUUCUCGUCAGUUCAUUAGAUCGACAAUUUUUUCUAAAUGACGUUUGUUUUUUUUUCAAAAAUUGUGCAUUCCAUAGUAUUUGAACUUCGAAGUACGAAUAUUGUUCGCAGACAUUCUCGUCUACUGCAGCCCUAUCACCAGCGCACAUGAAGAAGAUGGAAAUUCUAUUGAGUUUUGUAUAUUUCAACUUGGCGUUUGCAUUCGCCGACUGGGAACAGACGAAAAUAUUGACUAAAAAGGGAGUUAAUGUAUCAGAUCCUUAUUUAUUCUCGACACAAGUCGCAGUUAAUUUUCAAGCUAUGAUUGAAAAUUCUAUAAUGUGGAUCGAUAAAUCGCUCUUCAUUGAUCAGAUCUGGAAAGAGAACGAAUACACAACCUUUAUAAAUACUUCGCCGAGGCGGUGGGGAAAGACGAUAUUACUAACCAUGUUGCAAUUUUACCAUCAGCUACCCAUUGAUGAUUUUGGAAAUGUGGAAAACAGAGACAAAUCUGCUAAUUAGGAAAUACUCCUCAGAGUCAAGUAUAUACCCACUAGAGUUGGUGCAUAACACCUCUUGAAAACAAACGAAUAAUUAGCAUAAAUUUAGUAAAUGGAUAGUGUAUGAUUGAUUUUAAUUGAAUGAAAACGUUGGCUACACUAUUCUUUCAAGUAUACGUCAAUAUCCAUCUCCACCAAACUCACGUAAGAAGUAUUCAAAAUGACAUACCUGAUAAGGUCUAAAGUAACAUGAUACAAAAUCAUGAUUUUCCAAUGUUACAAUGAUUUCAAACUCACUCAGGGCAUAAAAAAAGGUGUAGAACUAGCAAAGAAUGAUUAAAAUAAAUAAUCUCACAUUUAUUUAUAAAUAAAAAUGUAUUUUUUUGAAUUCAAUUCAUCACUCAGGAGUAAAAGUGAUAAGAGCGUCGAUGUAUCUAGUACAUAGAGACUAGUUUGUGACAGUUUGGAAUUUUUGUUCUCAAAAAGAUAUAUUAUAUUUAUACCAGUUAUUUUUGAUAGCUAAUGUCAUUUUAUUGAAGAAAACUUACUUUGGUUGAAAAUAAUAACAGUUAUACGCUUUUUAUAACAAGAAAUCAAACCGUCACAAACUAGUACUAGUGAGGACUCGAAUUUGCACUGGUUUGUGACAAAACGUCACAAACUAGUGUUUUGUCAAUUUUGAUGUACUGGUUCGUAACAGUCCAAAAUAUUAAAUUAAUUAAGAAAUUUCACUGAAAACAACUCAAUCUUAGCCAUCUUUAGACAAUACUCCACAAUAUUUUCACUUCACAUUAAUUUAAAAUUGAUGUUUAACCACUGAAAACGGCAUAAUUCAUCAGAGGUAAUAGCUGGAUUGCUUCUUAGAAACGGGUGUUUUUUGAUGUUUUCCACAUGGCGAAUAUUUAGACAGCAUUUUUUGUUUGAUAACGUGCAUCACAGAAGAAACUAUAAGAAGUUUCUUAUAGAAAAUGAAUUGAAAUUUCACAGAAAAAUACCAAAAUCUAUAAAAAUAAUCAGUGUUACCUUUAUUUUCGACUUAAACUGUGAAAGUGUCACAAACCAGUACACUGUCACAAACCAGCGCACUUACCCUACCUUUAUUUCACCAAAGGUAUAAUAACUACCGAUACCAAGGAUUCUGAAACUGACAGUCCACCGUUGAUUUCUCAGCGUGAAACCGUUAAUAACGAUCAUUUGGCAAAGCAUCCUGUUAUAAUAAUAGAUGGUACGAUACUCACAAUUGAUGGUGGCUUGAGCCGUUUUCGUUCUAUGAUAGGAAAAGUUUAUCGCAGUCACACCUAUUUACAACAUUAUUUUAAAAAAAAAUCCACUAACCUUACGGCCACAAUCGACGAGCAGUUAAAUGCUCAGUCAUGGUUGCAGAAAAUAGAUAAAUAUUACGAUUCAACGAGAGAUCUAUCCGAAGGCGAAGUAAUGCAAAGCAUCGAAAUUUUGAGUUCAGCACUGCAUAAAGUGUAUGGGAAAAAAGUGAUAAUUUUAAUGGACGAAUACGAUUAUUUCGUUUCCCACACAUAUUUUCAUGAAGCUUUAGCACACUCAUUACCAUCAAAGAAGACUACUGAUGAUUUUGUAAAGCUCUUUAAAGAAUUCAUGCAGGCUACAUUCAAAACUAACAUACAUUUUGAAAAAGGUUUUAUCACUGGUAUCCUGCCCAUCAGAGAGACAACCGGACUCUCUGGUUUGAAUAACGUCGAUUUGAGGCACGGGUUUGGCGUCAAGGAUUUCUUCCCUUAUUACGGAACUUUUGAAGAAGAAUUUCGAAUACUAUAUUCUAAAAGGGAUAUUAAUCAAACAAAAAUGGAGAAUGCAGUUGAUAGAUAUGAUGGAUAUAGGACAUUGAGUCAUCUUGCUGUGCCUAUGUUCGCUCCUUUAUCUGCGAUUGGGUUUAUCAACUCGCAAGUAGUGAUUGAUUAUUGGACAAUAUCCGGUAAGACUGAAAUUGUUAAUAAACUAUUUACACACGAUGAUUUCAAAAAUGAUGUCGGCAAGUUAAUUAAAAGUUGGCGGACCAAGACCACAAUCCUAUCAAUUUCAUAUGAUAAGAUGACAUCACUUAUAUUGAGCGAUUUCGAAAUUAUUUAUAAUAUUACGUUCAACUUGUUAAAAUACAACUCAGCAGAACACUCAGAUAUUGUAUUUUCACUUUUGAUGGCCAUGGGAUACGUGUCCGUUCAUCCCCACCAAAUUGUAACGGAAGACUACCAGGAUAUGGAUGUUUUCAUCACAAUACCAAACGUCGAAGUUUACCAUCAAUAUAAAAAGCAUUUUCUCAAAUCAUCGAAAUUGGUUCCCCUUUCAGAUGAGAGAAAUACAUUAUCGAAUUUCAUAAAACAAAAACAAGAUGAUUGUAGCACGUUAGGUCCAUUAGCCAAAUCCUUAUCCCAAUAUUUGAUUCGUAUGUUGGGUGGCAAACGUUUCGGGGAGUGCGAAAUAAAGGCAAACUUAUUAUCCGAAAUGUUGAAUCGUCGGUUUGCUGGUGACGAACAAAUUGUCGAAUCCUUUCUUUUGACAUAUUUCAUCAGUGAAAUGGAAACUAAAAGAACAUUAGAAGACUGUAUUCCAUCAGAAAAGUAUCGAAUGGCAGAACAGGUUGAUUUUGUAGACGACGUAACUGGCAGACAAAUAAUCGAUUUAGUCUUCACAGAUAAAUAUAAAUCGACCAUGUUGCUAGUUGAACUAAAAUAUGUCAAGCAAAAAAUGACACCCAGCAAAGAGAAAGACUGGAGUUUGCCCAAGGCCUUUCAGCAGAGCCUUAGUUAUAUGACUGUCUUUCGGAAUAAGAAUAUCGAUGUACCCCAUGUCCAAUUUUUGGGAAUUCGGGUGCACUGGAAUGCCACUGUAGAGCUGAUGUGCAUCAGCAUGAAACCAAGCGAAGUGAAAAAACGAAUAAGCGAAGCUGAUACUUAUUUUAAAAAGCACAGCAAAGAAACGAAACCACACCUUCGCAUUGAGUGGGCGGCCGACCUGUACAAUGAAAUAGUAAAAGAAACGCCGAACCGAAUAUGCAGAAGUGCAUAUGAUCCAGAGAAACCCAACGUCAAUCUGCCAGGGGAUGAAUUCUAAUUUAAAAUUAACCCUUUAACCCAGAGGUCUAUGUAUAGUAGGGUGGGUCGAAAAAAAACUUAGGUCUCAGAAUUUUCUGAAAUGCAAGUAUUUGGUUCAUUUUGAGUUGAAACUCACCCAAAAAAGUUUUUAGCCCCGACGACACGAGGGGGCUGAGCCAUGGUGCAGUAAAUAUUCUAAGAAUUUUUAGGAGCUGCACAAAUAAUACUUAGCGGAGGCUAGAGAUGUUGAAUCAGGCGAAUUUUUCGAGGGAAAAAAUUAUUUUUUGAGAAAAAAAAAUUUUAUAAGCAAAAAAGUAAAAAAAAAAAACGACACUUUCUUGCAAAAAAUCGCAAAUUUAAUUUUGAGAUGCCUAAAACUUGAUGUUUUUCAAACUUUCUAAGUUUCUAGGACUUGUGGGAGGGGUAAGCCGGUCUCACCAAAAAAAAUGAACAUCAUAGGGAGAUUCAGCAUCUCAAACUGUACCAAUUGAGUGCUAAGGCUAAGAAAAAAAAUUUGUUGAGCUUUUUAUGUAAAAAGCAUGAAUUUUUAGACAAAAUAAACCCUACUUUGAGGCACCAUGGCUCAGCCCCCUGGUAUCGUCGGGGGCUAAAAACUUUUUUGGGUGAGUUUCAACUCAAAAUGAACGAAAUACAUGCAUUUCAGAAAAUUCUGAGACUUCGUUUUUUUUUCGACCCACCCUAUCCGGGAAAUCAUUGUUUGCGCUUCCCAUUGUUCUCAUCCGGAAGCGCAAACGAUGUAUUUUUUUCAAUCGUUUGCGCUUUUUAAUAUUAUAAUUUCGUCAGUGUAGCCAGGGUUCCCAAGACUUGUUAGUAACAUUUAGACAUCCUACUGGAAAGUAUACACGUACAGAUUCAUGCGGAAGCAUUUCUUUACUUCAACAAAGUCCCAUAAAUAGGUAAUACCAAGAAAACCGAAUGUCUCGUCUUGAAUUCAUGAAAAGAGUUGGUUACUUGAAUAGGGCUUCUGAUAUUAAAUGAUUGAAUUUUGUUACCUACGAGGCUACGAUUAAGAACUUUUUAAUCGAAUUUUGAUUCCUUGUUUUAAAACAUGUACAUACCUACUUAUUUUCAUAUUUUCAACCAAUUUUCUAUGUAUUUUGUUGUACGUUUAUUGAAGUUUUAUAUUUUUCAUCGAAUUUUGAUUCGCUCUUUUUUAUAUUCUCGCGUUUUUAAUGGAUUAUUUUUAUACCUAGGUACUCGUUGUGUUUGUUGCACUUUUUUAAUUAGUAAAUACAGAACUGUUUUUAUGAAUUUACA